UAGUGAAAGGCAAAAAUGAGUCUCAGCAAGACUUCUAGUAUAAGGAGCAGUGGGGGACGAGGAACCUCAAAAUCAAUGAUUGUGCCGAUGAGCAGGCAAAGAAUGAGCUUUGUGUCCAGGUCCAGGGCAGCUCCUGUUAGCACUUCAUUCUCAAGCAGUAGCAGCUAUAAGUAUGGUGGUGGUGGCGGCAUUGGGGUUGGUUUGGGGGGUUUAAUUGGAUCACCACUUUCUAGAGGAGCAGAAGUAGGAUUAGGUGGAAGAUAUGGUGGAGGAUUCAGUAGCAGGCUCGUUGGAGGACUAGGUACCGGAUAUGGUGGCGGAUAUGGUGGCGGAAUGGGUGGCGGAAUGGGUGGUGGAUUGGGCAGUGGAAUUGGCAGUGGAAUGGGUGGCGGAUUGCACGGUGUAAUGGGUCCAGCAACACCAAUCACAGCAGUCACCGUUAAUCAGAGUUUACUGGCCCCUCUCAACCUGGAAAUUGAUCCCAACAUUCAGCAAGUACGAGCCCAGGAAAAAGAGCAGAUCAAGAUCCUCAACAAUCGCUUUGCCUCCUUGAUUGACAAGGUCCGCUUCCUGGAGCAGCAGAACAAGAUGCUGGACACCAAAUGGAACCUCCUGCAAGAGCAAAGUGGUAGUGGUCCAGGUGGUGUAAGAUCCAAUAUUGAACCCAUGUUUGAAGCCUACAUUGCUAAUCUGCGUCGGCAGCUGGACGGCUUGAACAAUGAGAAAAUUAGGCUGGAUUUAGAUUUGAAAAACAUGCAAGGCUUGGUGGAAGACUUCAAGAACAAAUAUGAAGAUGAAAUCAACAAAAGGGCUACAGUGGAAAAUGAUUUUGUCCUGCUGAAAAAGGAUGUUGAUGGUGCUUACAUGAACAAGGUUGAACUGGAGGCCAAGGUCGAUGCACUUCAAGAUGAGAUUAACUUUUUGCGUGCCCUCUACGAUGCGGAGCUCACCGAAUUACAGAAUCAGGUUAAAGACACCUCAGUGAUUCUAGAGUUGGAUAACAGCCGCAAUCUCGAUCUGAAUGCCAUCGUGGCAGAAGUGCGCGCUCAGUAUGAAGACAUUGCCAACCGCAGCCGAGCAGAGGCUGAGACCUGGUACAUGCAGAAGUAUGAAGAGAUGACAUCGUCAGCUGUAAAAUACGAUGAUGAUCUGAAAGACACCAAAUCUGAAAUUUCAGACCUGAAGCGUUUCAUCAACAGACUGACAGCUGAAAUUGAAGCACUCAAGGGACAGAGGGCAAACUUGGAGACUGCAAUCACUGAAGCCGAGGAACGUGGAGAGCUGGCAGUGAAAGAUGCAAAGGCCCGCAUCGCUGAUCUGGAGGCCGCCUUGCUGAAAGCCAAACAAGAUAUGGCCCUGCAGGUCCGUGAAUACCAGGAGCUGAUGAAUGUCAAGCUGGCCCUGGACAUUGAGAUCGCCACCUACAGGAAACUACUGGAAGGCGAGGAGAGCAGGCUCAGUUCAGGAGGAGGUGCAGUCACAGCAGUCCACGUUCAGACAUCUUCUACUAGCGCUUCAUCUGGUGGAGGAGGAGGAGGAUUUGGAAUGCUAGGAGGAGGAGGAGGAGGAGGAGGAGGAUAUGGAACUGGAAUCGGAGUAGGAUUUGCCACAUCACGUAGUGGUAGCAGUGGCGUCUCAGGCGGAGGCAUGUCUGGGGGACGCAUAAGGAGCUCCUCAAGCAGUAUGACUCAAAUGACAAGACGCAUUUAAAACAGAAUGAGUUUCUUUCCCUUUGGUUCUGCAAGCUUCCUCUUUCAUCAAAGGGUACCACUCAACAAGUGCAACAACCUGAAUGCUUUCUUAAAGCUUUUACCUUUUAUUAGUUUUUCUUAUAAGCUCACCCACCCAAAAAACAGACUUUGUUUCUACUGGAAAACACCAGAUAUAUGACACAGUAAGAUGUGAUUUAGAAAGGUUA